AUGCGGAUAAGGCUGCCCUUUGCAGGUGUUUUCCUGCUCUUGCUGCUGCUGGCAGCCUACGCCGGCCUGUCAUCUCUGCAGCUCGGCGCAUACAUCAACGACAAGGUCCUCCACUUCCUAACCUUUUUUCUCCUGACGGUCGUCUUCUACUGGGUCGUCGAUACCAAUCGCCGCCGAACCCUGCACAUGACUCUUGUUGUCUGCACUCUCGUACUAGGCAUCGGGUCCGAGUUCGUGCAGAGCUUCCUCCCAAACGACCGAGAUUUUGAUCUCUACGACAUUGUAGCAAACAUCAUCGGCAGCUUGCUGGGGCUCGGCCUCUGCGCAUGGUAUCAUAAGCGAAUGCUGGAGAGGAAGAGGCAGCGCAAGCACUAUGACGCUGUCCCAGGUGACGAUGCCGAAGAUGUAGAGCUUGGGCAGGGCCAGGAGUCCGGUAUCACAGACGGCCCGGCUCGAGGCAGGACCCUCGAGGAGGAGGUCGAUAACUGGGAUGAGAAUGCGGAAGACAACUGGGACGAUGACAACGCAUCGAUUCCCGAUACACCGUCACCAGCAGUCGCCAAAGAAUCGGAUGCAGCUGAUGCUCGGGAAACCAAGAAACGAACAGACUGA